AUGCAGUUUUAAUCUGCUUUUGAGUUGUCUAAAGUGAAUAUUUUUAUUAAAUAAUUUUCCAAAAUUAACUUACCUGUCAAUCUCUACAUAAAGAUGAAUACAAAUGAUAAAAUUAAAGGAUCUGAACAAUUAAAUAUUAAUAGUAUUGAGAUCUCGGAAGAACCUUAGACUGUAAUUUGGAAUAGCUAAUGUAAUAAUGUAAUUUAGAUAUUUGUGGAUAAAUCCUUUGGAAAUUAGAUGUCAUAUUAGACUUUUUAAAAAUACAAGAGUGAUUUGGCAAAAAAGAUCUUAUAGAAGUGA